CGAUCAUUUCAACAUUUCAACCACUUCAUCAACUCAACAUCAGCAACCCCAGCCACGCCCCCCUUAUCGAAACGAAAUAGAGUCAACCAUACAUUGAUCAAAUAGGAAUAAGGAACUCACUCUAUCUGUUAAUCCUAAUCGCUAUUUAUUUUCAUAUUUUUUCCAACCAGCCACGCUCUCGUGUUCCUUUAUUCGUACUGAAGCCGUAUCGCCAGAAUGGCCGACAUUGUCAGCCUCGAGGAGGAUAUCAAACAGUACAGAGAGCAGCUCGAUGUCGUAAAUUCUGGUCUGAGGGAUGACCCCGGUAACGCAGAGCUUCUCGCUCUCAAGUCUGAGUUAGAUGAUGCGCUCGCGCUAUUGAACGAAACUCUUGCUGAACUAAAGCCUACUAAGGCAUCCCCUCCGAAACAGAAAGCACCAUCAGCCUCACCCGUUCAGGAGAAAUGGUCUCGAGAGAACCAUCCCGCCUUUAAGAAACCCACACCUACCGAAGAGAAGGAACCCGACACCGAGUUGGUAAACUACAAAGUUAAUGAUAGUGUAAUGGCGAAAUGGGUAUCGGGAGACAAGUCUUUCUACCCCGCUCGUAUUACCUCCAUCACCGGUUCCUCCACAGCGCCUAUCUACGUCGUAAAAUUCAAGAGUUACGACACCACCGAGCAGCUACGCGCCAAAGAUCUCCGUCCCAUAGCACAGAAAAGAAAAGCCGACGGUACUCCUGUCAACAACACCACCCCAUUCUCUGCACCCUCGCAGCCAUCAGCGCCUUCCACUUCAUCCAACCCUGGCGUCAUCUCUGCCGCUGCCAGCAUCAAUCCUGAGCUAGCACAGAAAAAUCGAGAAGAAGCGUUAAAAAGCGCUGGUGAUGCGAAGCCCAAGGCUAAAAAGAUCAAGGCAACAAAGGAGCUCGAGGCUGGCAAGAGCAAAUGGCAGGAAUUCAACACAAAGUCCAAGUUUGCGAAAGCGCAUAAGGCAAAAAAGGACAGCAUGUUCCGCACCCCGGACGGCGUCAACGGCAGAGUCGGUUUUACCGGUUCAGGGCAGGCUAUGCGGAAAGAUCCCACGAGAAGCCGUCAUACCUAUCAGACAAAUGAUGAUCUGGACUAAUACCAGCUGCAGGUGGUUAUGAUUACGUAGAAGGCUACGUAGAACACGUCUAGUUUAUGAGGAGUUGAGAUUGGGAAUGGAGGUUCUAUAGGCUUUGAUCCCCUUUGUCCCUGUUUAGGUUCCAUGGAUGCUAACAUAGCCCUCAAACUAGACGCUUUCUUUAGUGCUUCGGUUAUUCCACCCAAGCUUUUGAGUAUUAAUAAUACCAAUCGUUGAAUGGAGAGUCUUCUUGCUACCUAGACGUCUUUUUGGUUCA